ACAGAAGAAAAUGGAACUUCAAAAAGAAAGAACAGAAAAAGAAAAAGUAAAAUAGCACGAGGUAGAAAACUAAAGGUUCAACUUAUUGGAUGCAAGAAGCAGCAGCUAAAUUGUUCUAUAACGCUCAUUAGAUUUCGUUUCAGUUUACGUUUUAUUAACGAAGUAGAGUGUUUGGAGAGCAUAAACUACCGAAUGGCAUGUCGGGGGAUUCCAUUAGCAGCGAGAUUCCUACUUAGUCUCCUUAUCGUUUCUGUCUCCUUGCCGACAAGGUACUUCAUUAAAGGAGGUUUAGUAAAAGACAAGACAUUAGCUAUGAUAAAGCCAGAUGGAGUUUCUGGUAACUACACUGAUUGGAUAAAGCAGGUUAUUCUAGAUUCUGGGUUUAAAAUUCAGGAAAUGAUCACUCAACUCGACAAGAAAACAGCAUCAAGAUUUUAUGCUGAACACUCAUCAAAAAGCUUUUUCUCUGAUCUUAUCAGAUACAUGACAAGUGGUCCAGUCGUGGUCAUGGUGUUGGAGAAGGAAAAUGCUGUUGCUGAGUGGCGUGCUUUAAUUGGGCCAACUGAUGCACAGAAGGCUAAGAUAUCUGAUCCUCUGAGCAUUAGAGCUGUUUGUGGGCUGAAUUUACAAAAGAAUUGUGUUCAUGGCUCAGAUUCAACUCAAUCAGCUACAAGAGAGAUCUCAUUUUUCUUCAAAGCAGUAUCAUCAGGCGAGCUAGCUACAGAGCAUGAUGAACUGUGAUUACUAAACACUUAGAGGAGAGCUACAAAAUUGUGCAAAUUGCUACUCCUUUUAUUCCAUGGAAUAACUGUGUGCCUAUUUCUUUGUGAAAUUAGGCAACCAGAUCAAUUAUUGUGUUAUAAUCUCUUUAUCAUUUUCGGUUCUGUACUUCCCUUAUAUUUCCUCCUUUUUGUCCUUUUGCAUAUAUCUGUGUGUAUUGUCUGAAAUAUGUGAAAUCGGAUACCACGCCAUAAGCUUAACUUAUACUGGCUAUAUCCAUAGAUUAUAUCAGCUUCUACCCUCUCAAAAAGGAAAA